AGAGGAAUAGAAAGGGCAAGCAUACCUAGGCUCCAUAAUUAUUUUUUUCUUUGCUCUUUAGCAAGUUUCUACCCACUCUAUAAUUUUUUACAUCCUUCUAUCUCUUUCUCUUGCUACCUCAUAAUUUUCAUCGUUAUCUAAAAUUUAAUUCAUGACCAGCACGACGUAUUUAUUAAAGGUAAGGCUGCCAGAAAAAAAUAAAAUAAAAUUACCAAAGCACUCACUGCUUUGUUAUAGUACGCUCAACUGGUAUACUUGGGGUUAUAGCUGAAUCGGUCCUUAUUCAUUUCAAUGGCGGCGCCGCUUCAUACCCUCAAGAUCGUCGAGCAAAGCCAGGUCUCUCCGCCACCGGGUUCGGUGCCCACCACCUCUCUUCCUCUCACUUUCUUCGAUUUACUAUGGUACGUUUGUUGUCCCAUGCAACGCCUCUACUUCUACCAAUCCCCUCACCCAACCCAAUUCAUCUACCAAACUCUCCUUCCCAAUCUCAAAAACUCACUCUCUCUCACUCUCAAACACUUCUUUCCCUACGCCGGAAAUCUCAUCUGCUCGCCCUCUCCGGCCAGACCCCACAUCCUCUACACCGAAGGAGACUCCGUUCCAUUCACCAUCGCCGAGUCCGACGCCGAAUUCGAUCGUCUCGUAGCAGAUUACCCCCGAGAUGUCCAAGAACACCACCCCUUUGUAACCAACCUGCCGCCGACACGGACCGAGGGUGACGCGCGCGUGGUUCCUCUCAUGGCCCUGCAGGUUACCGUUUUUCCCAACUCGGGGAUCUCUAUUGGGGUGACGUUUUGCCACAUGGUGGCUGAUGGGAGAGCUUUCCACCACUUCAUGAAAUCAUGGGCCUCCGUUUGCAAGUCAAACGGGGAUCUGAGAUUCAUUGAAAAGUCCAUGCCGUUUCACGGUCGAGUUUCGAUCAAGAUCCCCUGUGGUGUGGAGUGUGACGUGUUGAAAUCUUUUUGGGACUGGGCUUCGGUUGAGAAAGAGGAUCUCGGCCCAAUGUAUCUUAUAAAGCUAGCUGGUAAAGUUCGGGCCACUUUCAAUUUGGGCCAAGCCCAAAUAGAGAGACUGAAGCAUUGGGUUAAGAAUCAAUUCACCGAGGAGGAAUUAGAGACGUUACACAUCUCAACAUUUGUGGUCACUUGUGCUCUAUCAUGGGUUUGUUUGAUCAAAUCUUCACAAUCGAUGGAAUUGACCAAAUUUUCAAAAGAAGAUGAGCCUUACUUCUUCGCUUUCGUUGGAGAUUGUAGAAACCGCCUUGAGUCUCCAAUACCCAACACCUAUUUUGGAAACUGCCUUGCGUUUUGUUUCCUAUCAGUCAAUAGGAACGAGCUAUUAGGAGAGAAGGGAAUUGUGGCUGCUGCAAAAGGGAUUGGGAAAAGAGUGAAGCAAUUGGAGUGUAAUGGAGCUUUAGAAGGAGCAGAGAAUUGGAUGCAAGAAUGGAAAGAAAUAGUAGACAAGUAUAAAUUUUUUACCGUGGCAGGGUCACCGAAAUUGGGUAUUUAUGAUACAGAUUUUGGGUUGGGAAGGCCUAAAAAGACUGAAUUGCUUCAUACUGAUGUUUCUGGUGCCAUUUCUCUAUCAGACAGUAGAGAGAAUGAAUUCGGGGUUGAGGUUAGCCUGGCAAUAAGCAAGGCUCAAAUGGAUUGUUUCAGUUCUAUAAUGGAGGACAAUCUUCAAUUGGUGAUGAUCUAAGAUUAUAAAUAUAGAAAUGAUACAUGCUAUAUCCAAACCCAAAGCUAUGGAAUUUGGGCGUGGGUCUUUUGUCGAAAUGGAAUCACCUUACUCUUUUUUUUUUCUUUUUCUUUCUGUUCAAUUGUAGAUGAUGCUUUGACUUCAAA